ACCGUAUGAUGACUCCAGAAACCGCUUUGAACUCCCAAGGGAUGUUCAAAAAUUCAUCGCCCAACAAAAAGCUGACAAUUUACCUGGAGUCACGGGACUACGUGGUGGAUAACGGGAGUGCCGAUAAAAUACAGGGUGUUAUACAUGUGGAGUCGGCCGAAUUGAAAAACAUGAAGCUACUCGGACAAGUUACGAUGAUCUUUAGAUACGGUCGCGACGACAAAGAAGUAAUGGGAGUCGAAUCCUGCAAUGAAACAAUAGUGAGUCUCACUCAGAUCUGGCCUCCGUAUUAUCAUGUUAAGCAACCGAUCUCAGCAUUUCAGGAGACACUUAUAAAGCGUUUAGGAGACUAUGCGUUUCCAUUCUACUUGAACAUAACCCACCUAGCGCCACCUAGCAUUAAAUUAGUGCCAGCUAAGCAAUACUAUGGUGCACCCAUGGGAACUUCGUAUGAUGUUCGGGCUUAUAUGGAGGACAGUUCCCGUAGCAAUACAGUCCGUAUGGGAAUACGACUGUUUCGAGGUCGUCGUCGACCCCAACCACGUCUUUUCCCUCCCCAUGCUCCCCACCCCACACUUAACGCCCUCGUCUGGCUGCCACACCAACCAUUCAGGUACAGUCGACGUUCACCAGAACUAGCAUCAAACGAAGUUCCACAUCACGUAUCACCUUAA